CAAUUCCAAUGUAAAUAAAAACAUAACCUUUAUCUAAAGUAUAAUUCUCACUUAUGAACGUGAUCAAAUUUUUAAUUAUCAUGUGAUUAUUUCUGUAAUCUGCAACAAGUAAACAAAUAAUUGAUUUUUCCAUGUAACCGAUCAAACAGUAUUUUCCUCUCAAUUUCAUUAACUUAUAAAUAAGUGAGCAUAAAGAAGAUCAUGCUAAUUAAGGAUAAUUAUGGCAUUGCGGAAUGCCUUAACAAAUGUAUCUUUUUUGUCUGAAAUUAUGUGUGAAAAUUACGAAAAGUUAGAAAGUGAUGUAACCCUUGGCUAAGGUGAUGCAUUUUAACCAGAACUUGAGAUGUCUUACGUUUCUUUGCAAUUUGGUCAGUGUGGAAACCAACUAGGUUAUGAACUCUAUUCAACAAUAGGUGAAGAUUUAGGUACUGGUUUGAAUAGAAAACAUACCUUGAAUGAUGGUUAUAUUGAAACCAGUCGAGACUACUGGUUUCGCGAGAGUAAAGAUGGCAAGUUUACAGCUCGAGCAAUCAUGAUUGACACUGAAAAAAAGGUAAUCGAUGGUAUUUUGACUAAUUUGAAGAGGAAUUCGCAGUGGAAAUACAAUGAUUAUAAUGCUGUCACCAACCGCGUAUCUGGAGGCUCAGGAAAUAAUUGGGCAUUAGGAUUCUCAGUUAGGGGCAAGGAAAUCAGUGAAGUUGUCAUAAACUGUACUAGAAAAGAGUUGGAAGCAUGCGACCGAGUGGACAGUAUAUUGUGUUUAAGCAGUGCUGCUGGUGGCACUGGCUCAGGUGUUGGUUGCUUCAUCACCACUCAACUUGCUGAUGAAUUUCCUGGUACUUUCAUUGUAAAUACUCUUGUACUGCCGUUUGAGACUGGCGAAGUCAUAACACAAAAUUACAACACACUUUUAGCAUUAGCAAAACUUUAUGACGCCUCUCACGGUAUAUACCUUGUUGAGAAUGAUGUACUACAUAGGGUUCUAACUUCAGAGUUGAAAAUAUCCAAUACUGAUUACAAUGCCAUGAACAAGGUUCUAGCUGAGCAAUUGGGAUCUAUUUAUCAGCCAAUACAAAAUGAAGUAAGUCCAACACUGCGUAUUUUGGACUUAUUUUCUCACUCUUCCUAUAAAUUAGCGUCUAUCUGGUCUUCACCUCACGUGUCAACACCAAUCACAGCCUUUGAACCGGUUCCAAAGUGGGACGCAUUGGAAAGGAACGUCGAAAGAAAUUUGAAAAUUCCUUUUGACUUCAACGCGAAUAAUGCCAAAGAGUACAUUAGUCAGUAUUACAGAUCUGUAGCUAAUCUAAUAGUCUGUAGAGGCCCGUAUCAUGACGAUAAGAUUAGAGAUUCUUUUUUGAAAUCUAAAGACAUUUACCCAAAUUGGAUGGUGCCAGCACGUCAAUGUCAAACAGUGAGAAAUGAAAGACCGUUUUUGCAAAAGGACAAAUUUAUUACACUUGUUUCCAACAGUUCGCGGGUGAAAUCUGUGCUUGACCGUGUAUUGGAUCAGUCGUGGCAGAUGUUCGUUCACAAAGCAUAUCUACAUCAGUAUGCCAAGUAUGGACUUGAGAAUGAAGAAAUGCUUCAAGCAAUACUAAAAUGUGAAACUAUUCUUAAAGACUAUAAACGUUUAUGACAUAUCACUAAAGCUUUUAACAUUCAUGGGAAAACAUUAAAUUCAUUUUUCAUAAUCAAAUAUUUAAAUAAUGACUAUGUAUUAAAUCUGGUGAUUUUUUUAAAGCACGUGUUAUUGAUUUUCCCUUGGAAUGCCUACAUUCAUCCCACAAUACUGAGUAACUACUGCAACCGUUCGAGCCACUAUUGGAUUUUAUUGAUGUAUACAAAUGAUGGUAUUGUAUGUUGUGGUGCAACUGUUGUUUCCCCAGGCAAUCUAAAUGAUCAAAUAAGAAUUAAAUAUAGUAUAUCUAUGGAACUGACAAAUCUAAUAAUGAGUAGUAUAAUAAUUCGACUCAUUGCUGCAAUAGCACAAGAUAUCAAUAUUCCCCCGACUGCUCACAAACUAAUCAAGAUUACGAAACGCAGACGCGUCACUCAUAACAAAUUAUAAACCGAUAUUAGUAACAAAAUAUACUUUUCUUUAUUCUGUUAUUCCAAUUAAUAUUUUAGGUCCAAUUCACACUGAUGUAGCGUGACGCUAAUGAGGCAGGCACGGCGGUGACGUGGUACCCACUUUUAUAACUUUCAUACAAACAUAUUAUUCAAUGGCAAAACGCCACUCCAGUUUGCAUUGAAUCAAAUGUUUGAAUGAGAGUGGCAAAAAGGCAGUGCCGCGCCACUUCACUACAGUGUGCAUUGGGCCUAAGAGCUUUGCAAGUCCUUUUAUAUAAUCACUCUGUUCUUGCACUCCAAUCAAAAAUGCAAAGAGAAAAUCAUGAAGAUAAUAAAAACUCAGAAAGUUGUAUGCUCAAGUGCAUAUAAUUUAUUCUGCACGUAAUCCUGUGAAUGUCAAAAAUUAUAUUUCAAAAAAUCAAUUUGCUUGAACCAGCUAGUGAACUUGUAAAAAGCUAACGGCUACAGUAAUUUUUUUCUUUGUAUCAUAAAAUAUAAAUAAUGAAAUAAUAAUUCAAGUACAAGAGUCACUAUAAAUAACAGGUAAAGCUACUAACUAAUGUUUUGAAAUGUUAAUCAACGAUUGCUGCAAAGAAUGCAAUCAAUAUAUUGACAUCACUUUCAAUGGCCAUUUAAAAACAACUGUUCAUUGAUAACAACAGACAUUUCUCCACUUCACAGUCGAUCGAUUUGAUAACAUAAAUAGAAUUUCUCAGGUACAAAAAGUAGAAAAGAUCAUGAGAGAUCUAGAAAAAAUUAGAAGAAGCUUUUCAGAUCCAGAGAGGAUUUUUAAAACAUUCUAACAAUAGUUUAGAAAAUUUUGGAUACAGCACAUUCCAAAGAUAUUAGAAAUUUAACACUAAAUCGAUAACAGAUCACAAGGUUUUUGAUUUGAUAGAACAAAGAUUUUUUACAAUAUAAAAUCCGCUCAUUCAGUCUGGUAAUGGAUGUGAAUUUCUAACAUAAUAUCAAAGAUAAUAUUGGGAAUAGUAUAUUCAAAACAAUAACGUAUAACAUUAAAUUGUGAUAAUACAAUUGAAAUAUCAGGGUAUUUUCUCAAGCACAAUGGUUUGAUAAAUUUUAACAUGAAUCACAACCAACUUCAAGACAAUGCUCUCAUACAGAAGUAAUACGGAUAGAUUUUACUGUCGAUAUUUCUAGAAAUUAGAGUAAUAAAGCACUGAAUUAAAGAAGUGUCUUUUUAAGGAACCUUUAAUUACAAAACCGUUCGAGCGUUACACAAUUCAUCAGUCUUGAAUUCUCUAUCAAAUCAUUCAAAUUCACUUCAAUACAAAAAUAAUGCCCAAAUGAUUUUAUCUUGGCUCUGAUAUUAAAACAAUCACAUAUCGAAUAAUUCAAGCUUUGAUACUUAUUCAAAAUUACAUAAUUUUAUUGUAA